CGGCUUGCUUCCGCCCCUCACCUUUCCUGGUAGGCCACAAUAUGGCCACAGCUGAUCUUCCCGAUGAAAUUCUUAAGGAAAUCCUCUCGCUUGUCAUGAGCGUUCCAGACGAGGACUUCCUACAUGGCAAUCACGGCGACGACUUUUUCGCGGGCUCUCCAUUCGCGCGGUACGGGAAGGUUUCGACAUCGACAUUGUUGCUGGUCUGCAAGGGAUGGCUACGAGUGGGGACUCCGCUGCUGUACCAUACUGUUGUCUUGCGGUCUACAGCACAAGCUCAAGCGCUCGAGCUCGCAUUGGCACAAACGCCGCAGCUAGGAAAAUUUGUCAGGAGGCUUAGGUUGGAGGGAGGCUUUGGUGAUCACGUCCGCGGCGCGUGCGUCAAGUGCCCGAACAUAGAAGAACUCGUAUUGCUGUUUGACUACGAGGCGAGGGACAGCACUGCCGGGAUCCGGAAGGCCCUCAAGCAGAUGAACAUCAAGCAUCUGGUUCUGACGCCGUCGUACAGGCGCAACGCGCGCAGCCUCAGCGUUGCAAACAAGAACUCGGUCGAGCUCAACACUGCUGUGCACGAAAUGCUCGUCCGGUGCAAAACCUUGAAUACUGUGACGAUAUAUCCUCCCAGAGCGUUCAGGUACUUUAGCAACUGGGAUAGAGUGGAGGAAGGACUAGGAAAUGCCCUUCGGCUCGCUCCCAGUCUGCAAAAACUAAAUGUCCCGAUCAACCUCACCUGGAAGCUCUUUUGCCCGAACUGGCUUCCGCUGGCCUCGUACAAUCCGCACCUCAAGGUCAUAUGUUUCGACAGGCCCAAGACAGAAGACUGGCAAAAGCUCGAGCCUGAGCUGCCGAAUCGACUGCUGUCUUUGGUGUGGUUCAAGUGCGAGACGAGCGAUGGCGACGACAUAAUGCUUCGACCGUGUCCUCUUGCGCGGGCGCCCAGGAAGGUCCAGCCCAUGAUUUGGAGAAGGAUACUAGAUUACUUCUACUGCGUGGACGAGGCCGACUUCAAUCCCUUCUCGCGCAAGCCCCCCUCAUACCAGUCGACUUCGAACAAAUAUCGUUUCAAAGUGGCCACUCUCUCGCGUGAUUUCUACCGUAUCGCGGUUGAGAGCAUGCGCUCGACUUUCGUUAUCGACGGCUCGCCAGCCUUGCGGAAAUUCGAGAAGUCAAUACGACAGAACCCGCACGAGUACGACGAGCUAGAAUGCCUCGUCUUCCGGCGCUUAUACCCCGAGUCGGCCGUCGUGCAGCUGUCGGAUGACAUAUUCGCUGACCAUGACUUCCCGAGCUUGCGGCGGGUGUGCGGCAGCGUCGUGGCACCCGGGCGCAUGAGUAGCGCAUCCCUCAAAAAUUUGCUACGCAAGCGGGGCCGUUUUCUUGUGGAGAUUAGCGGUUUUCGGGUCAUGGGCUCCGGUGUCCUUCCCGCGGCGUCCUUUGCGGACCUCGUCAAUAUCCAUACGUUCUAUUGGCAUAGCAGUGUCAAGAUUAAUACGCGCCAAUAUGUUCCGCCGCCCGAGUGCUUUCGAAGCCUCCGGGCCCUUUGGUAUACCGGCGUGAAUUCCUUUAUCAAGCUGCUCGAGGCCUGCGAGUUACCGUCCCUGCGCGUUCUGUGGAUUUCCAAGGUCGGCGAGAGCACGAAGCCGUUUUUCGAGAAACACGGUAGCAAACUCGAGGAACUCAAGAUCAUGGACGUUUCGUCGGACACGUCGGAUGUUCUUGAUCUAUGCCCCAACCUGAUGUUGUUGAGACUGCAAUCUGUGGGUGAAAAAACGACGCUCGACUGCAAAACUUCGCAUCAAAAGCUCGUUAAAAUAUAUAUUGACGACGGCACCAUAAGCCGGGAGUGGGAUCCUUUCUUCCUGAGCAUAAGUCGGGACAAUCUGCCAAUGUUGAGGGAGAUUAUUGUCGAUUCCUUCGACUACCCAAAGACUGAACAGGAUAUUAGGAAGAACGCGUGGGUGGAGAGGGCAGAGGCAUUAUUGGAAGAUGGUAUACGGUUGAUAGAUAGGAGGGGUCUGCACUGGGUACCGAGAUUAGAGCUAGUUACAAGGCUACGACGCUGAUUCGCCUCGUUUCGAGCGGGAAAAAAUCGUAAAAAGCCAGGGAAAAUUCUGGGAUGUACCUGAC